UCCCAGAGCAAUUCACGAGUCAAAUUUGACACACAAGACUUCAGCAUCGAGAAUCCAUUUCUGCCUAUGUGAUGUUCCUCACCCCCCUCCCACCUAUUCAAGAUGCGCCUUCCUUCCCGUUUAAACUCCAUGCCCUUCAGCCAAACUUUGCCCACUUCCUUCAGGUUUGUGCCUUUUAUUUCCUCUCCAGCAACUUAAACUUCAACCUUCUCUCCCCACCAUCAUUUACUUUUCCCAAAGCCGCACCAGCAACACUCUUGAUCCACCCUUUGGUAUACUUGUCUUCCAAGACAACUUCACUUGCGACUAGCUAGCACAAGCAACGAAAAACGACGGAAUCGACCAACAUGCAGGCCCCCAUACUCCUACUAGCCCUUUUGGCGCCCUGCAUCCACGGUAUCUCCUGGAGAAACGAGAAGAAGGCUGCAUUCCUCGUAGCGAACUCAGAUAAGCCCUCCGAGGUGCUCCAGAAAUCCCGCCUCCCCAACAUUUACGCCGUUGCCUUGAGCGAGCUUGAGCAACUUGAGUUGGAGCCUCUCUGCCAUCGCGUGGCCGCACGGCUCCUGGUCAACAACUGCCAGCUAGUCGACGGCAAGGACGACGCGACCAUUCUCACCGACAGCGGGAGGAAAAUUCGCGACUUUGUCGACUCGUAUGCCGCAAGCCUAGCCAUUUGCGACCUGGAGCGCGGCAGCUUCUCGAUCCCUAAGCAGUGCGCCAAAUUUCGCGAGCCGUCACUCAGCCAAAUCGCCAUGCGAGAUGAGCCACAGUUGCAUGUGAGCCCUGGGGAGAUUGGUCUCUGUCUGUCGGCGCUGGCGGCGUCGGAUGCCGCGUGGACCACCUGGGUCAGCUAUCGCCACAAGGCACUGCGAUUUUGCGAGGCUGCUAGGGCCGACCAUGAGAAGUCCCAAAACAUCUUGCUCUAUCAGCGACUUACGCGAGUCAUUUCUCAGCUCACUAACGGCGUCGAGGCUGAGCUUCAAAAGCGCAUGGAUGAUCUCGACAAUCGCGCCCGUCAGUCUGUUGAGACACUCGAGCAGCUCACCCCACACAUUGACCGGUUGAGCGAAGGGUUAGCACGCGUGGAAAACUAUCUCUCAAAGGACCUUGACCUCGCACUGAAGAAGACCUCCGAGUCUUACCACGAUGGGCUCCAACACGCCGAAAACUUGCAACACUUACUGAGUCUCUUAGUCAACAAUGUCCUCGAGAGCAAUUCUCAACUAGCCUUCGCACACGAAAACACACUUGCGCAAGCAACGCACCGGGUAAACGAGGACAUGAGUGCUCUGGCAGCGGUUGUCUCGUCAGCGGUGAUUUCUUCUACCUCUCUACAGCAGCAAAUCGAAGUUGCGGACCAACAGGCCGUUCUGCUUGCCCAACGCCAAGAUAACCUCGAGCAAGGAAUGGACCGGCUGGUCACAGCAACUGAGAAGCUUUCCACGAAAUUUGACGACCACGCGGGCAUGCUCAAGCAAGCCAAUAACAUCACCAACGAUAUCCUCGACGCACUGGAGGAGACGGCAGCCGUGGCAUCUUCAAUGAACGAGUCCUUCUUCACACGCGUGACAACCCGCAGCUGGUGGCCCUUUGUCGUCUUCCCCACCGCAUCACUCGUUAUGGGAUCUUACGGCCUUCCUCCUUCCAUGCUGCGGAAUAUCGGGUUGCUGGCGUUUGGCGAGGCCGUCGGGUUCGUGGUCUCAUCUUACGAGCGAAUCUCGGCCCAACUCUUCGGUUCUUUGGGGAAAGUUGCGACAAACACGACGAUGCCCUCACUCUGAUUGCGUGCUUCGGCCAGGUUUCUUACCUAUCAUCACUUGCUUCUGGCGCACGGCGUUGGUCUCUGGACUUGGGUGGGGGAUGGAAAAUCGGGAAGCACAGGCGUAUAAAGCAGGAUCUCGGCAUACAUGAUUUUAUUCGGCAAGGUACAGGCCCGCAUCAUCUGGUAGCUAUGAUAAAAUGAUACAAUCGUUACAUAUCCGUAAUCCUCUUCUAAAACGGUUGUCACUCGAUAUGGUGUUUAUCCCUCGGUGUUCGGAAUUCGUGUCCUCGCAGUGAGCUUG